UCUAGGAAAGAUCCCUCUGUUGCAUGGUCUUGUCAUUAUCAAAAAGCAGUGAGAGUGGGAGGUUGUGGAGCUCUUCUCAUCUUUGUGCAUGCUGUGUCGGAGCCAGUGAUGAGAGGGUCCCAACAACACUCAAGCUUUCUCUACACCCUCCACCUCAACCUCUCUGAGUUACACUCACUGCUCUGAUUGGGAUUAUUGUUUUUUCAUCAUGCUGAAGAUGCCUGUGAAGGAUUGAAGGACGAAUCUGCAAGGAGGAUUAACUUUGAAACUUUUUCCCCCGAAACUUUUUCUUUGUUGAAGUUGGUUUUAUGAUACUUUCUGCAGCUGGAAUAAUGCCUUUGUGUUGGAGUAGAAGCUCCUGGUUUCCAGUGGUGUUUGGCGCUGUGCUGGUUGUUCUUACUGCUGGAAAUGCCGGGCCGAACCAGGACAGGAGGCAGGCUGGGUCGUCCUCAUGCUUUGGAGGCUUUGAUCUCUACUUUGUUUUGGAUAAGUCUGGGAGUGUGCAGAAUCACUGGACAGAAAUCUACAACUUUGUUGAACACCUAGCUCAUAAAUUCAUAAGCCCACAGUUGCGGAUGUCCUUCAUUGUGUUCUCCACUGAGGGAAGGAUCUUAAUGAGCCUGACAGAAGACAGGGAACGCAUUCGUAAAGGUCUGGAGGAGCUGCAGCGGGUUCUUCCUGGGGGAGACACUUUCAUGCAUGAGGGCAUCCUGAGGGCCAGUGAGCAGAUUUACUAUGGAAACACUGAAGGUUAUCGCACUGCCAGUGUUAUCAUAGCUCUCACAGAUGGAGAGCUGCACGAGGAUCUUUUCUACUACGCUGAGAGAGAGGCCAACCGAUCCCGAAGUCUGGGUGCCUCUGUUUACUGCGUGGGGGUGAAGGACUUCAACGAGACACAGCUGGCUAAGAUUGCUGAUAGUAAGGACCAUGUCUUCCCUGUAAAUGAUGGAUUUGAGGCCUUGCAGGGGGUCAUCGACUCGAUCCUGAAGAAGUCCUGUAUCGAGAUCCUGGCAGCAGAGCCUUCAAGUAUCUGUGCAGGAGAGACCUUCCAAGUGGUGGUGAGAGGAAACGGAUUUCUUCAUGCCCGUAACGUUGAUAAAGUCCUGUGCAGCUUUCGCAUCAACGACACCCUCACGAAGAUGGUGAAGCCUUUGGUUGUGGAAGAUACGUAUCUUCUCUGCCCCGCACCAGUACUUCAGGAUGAGGGGAUGGCAGCAAACCUUUAUGUCAGCAUGAACGAAGGUCUCAGUUUCAUCUCCAGUUCGGUCACCAUCACCACAGUUGGCUGUUCUGAUGGGACCAUCCUGGCCAUAGCUCUCCUCAUCCUGAUGCUGCUUCUGGUCUUGGCUCUCCUCUGGUGGUUCUGGCCUCUCUGCUGCACUGUGAUCAUCCAUGAGCCCCCGCCACCAGCUGUGGAGGAGAGCUCGGAUGAUGAAGACUUUGAAGCCCCUAAGAAGAAAUGGCCGACCGUAGAUGCCUCCUACUACGGAGGAAGAGGAGUUGGGGGAAUCAAAAGGAUGGAGGUCCGCUGGGGUGAGAAAGGCUCCACCGAAGAAGGAGCAAAGCUGGAAAAGGCAAAAAAUGCCAAAGUGAAGAUGCCUGAACAGGAGUAUGUGACAGCCCCCAUGCGGGUUCUCAACAACGGCAUGCACAAACCCCCUGGGCCACGCAAGUGGUACUCACCCAUCAAGAGCAAACUGGAUGCAUUGUGGGUACUUUUGAGAAAAGGCUACGAUCGUGUGUCUGUAAUGAGACCUCAUCCGGGUGACAAGGGCAGAUGCAUGAACUUCACCCGGACAAAGUCUCCCUCUCCUCACUACCCACACUACACCCACCAUCCCUCUCCCAUCUACAACCCUCCCAGCAGGUGUCCCCCUGCGCCACAAGGCACCCUGCCUCCAAUCCCAAACAGCCCUCCAUCAUCACCAACGUUCUCCACCUCCACCCUUCCACUGCUGCCCCCAACACCUCCUCCCACCUUCACCACUCCCUCCCCUCCCAUCACGCCUCCCCCUUACACGCCACCUCCCAACCGGGUUCUUCCUCCGGCGGCCCUGCACAUACCUGACCCACCAGAGCUCCCACCCACCCCUCCACCCCCCUCCUCCCCCACUGGUUCCCUGCCUCCUCUUCCUGCAGGGCGAGCCCCUCCACCUGCCCGCCCACCGCCUCGCCCUGGCCUGUAGAGCUCUGGCGACAGGAGAGUUUAAAAUGAUUUAAAAAGGCAACUCAGAGUCCCACCAACAAUCAGCACAUGACCAUCCUUGAUUGUACCUGCGAGGACCUGCGAGUGCCUCGAGCCAUGUUCAGUGGCUUGUGGUCUUUUUGCCUUGUGAAGUGGAGCGGUGAGGACUUGUUUUCAGCUAUUUGUCUACAGUGACUUUUGUACACAUUUAGCCCAACAGUGCAAUUGCUGAUGCUUGAAUUACACAGACAUUCCCUACAAAUGAGGUCAUGUAUGCCGGCUCAAAAACAUUUGCCUCCAUCGUCCUCAGAGCUGCUGCAAACCCAGUUGUCCCCUCAAUGCGCACGCAAGACAAAGACAAGACAAAAAAAAAGACAAAAUCCUGACAAAGCAGAGGAACAACAGCUUGUACUAAUGCCUCUGUACAAGGAGCAAAGUUGUGUAUACAAAAUGAUCAUGACCCUUAAAAUAUGUGCCUGUGUAACAUAUCCUGAUAAGAGAUAAAAGACUCUUGUUGCAAAUGUUCCAAAACUACAGAUUUAGGAUGAUUUAGAAGGAUCUGAAAUCCCUGUUUUUGUACUCUUGAAUGUUGAGCAAUUGCAUGCAAUAAUGUUUGAGUUGUUUCUUUUUUAUAACAUUUCUACCUUGUUUUAUACAACAUAAAUGCAUUUUUGUAUUUGUAUUUUUUGUCAUUUUUCUAUUCUUGAGGUUAGAAAAGUAAACAUUGCUGAUAAACACAUGUAAAGUAAUCGUAUUGAAACAGCAGUGCACCGUAUUUGAACUUUUAACUUCUGACUUCUGUGCCAUAUUAAACCAGCCUAAUGUGA